CAGGCGACUCCCAAGUCUACAAUCAAACAAGGAUCGUUCCAUCUUUUUUCCAUCUUUUUAUAUUGCGCCUCCUCUCCAAACACACACCGAGCAAUUAUUUACACAUUUCUCUUGGCCCAGAGACAAAUAUCGGCAUGAUUAGUGCUCUCAGCUCCGUGAAUGUCUAUCCAUUGUUGCUGCUCAUUCUUGGUCUGUUGCAAGCGGUGACUAGCCAUGCCCGAUCGAGUAAUCCGCAGUGCAUCGCUUCAUCCUGUGGUGACAUUCGCGAUAUACAUAGCCCAUUUCGAUUGAAGACUGACCCGAAGGGAUGCGGCGAGUCAAAACAUGAGCUGACUUGUGAAAAUAAUCGUACUGUUUUGUACCUCCUUGAUGGCCGAUUCUACGUGCAGUCCAUCAAUUAUUCCGCCCACAUAAUCAGAUUGAUCGACGAUGGGCUGCAAAAGAAUAAUUGCUUGUCUUUCCCCCGUCAUUUAUUGGCGAUCCAUAGCAUCAAUUCCGAUCCAAACAUCCCAUACAUCGGUUACAGCAACGAUAUAUUUGUCAUUGUAAAUUGCUCAAAGCCGGUUAGUUCUCCAUCUUACAUCUCUACCCGUCCAUGCAUUGAGGGGUCAUAUUCAUCCGAGGGGUCAUAUCCAUCCGAGGCAUCAUCAAAUUGGAACUUGUAUGCUUUGGUCAAUCCAAAUGCUUUGGAUGUGAAGGAUUUUUGCACCAUUAGCAGUUGGACGUGGGUAUCACGUAAGCAGAUUUAUAGUAGCUCCGACAACUACGAGCUAAUCCAUAACAGCAUGGCCGAAGGAUUUGAUCUCGAGGUUUAUGUUGGAGAAAGUCAACCGAAGAAAACUGUUUUUUGCUACCUUGAUUUCUAUAUCUACUUCCACUUCCAUAACUACUUUUUUGGGAAGCACUACUGGAGCGGCGGCCAGGUCUGCGGAUCCAAGUUAUACUCUGGCGGUGUCCAAGAUGAUAUUGCAAUUUGGACUGCUGGAGAUUUUAUAAUACUAUUGGUGCUUUUCUGUGUAGCGAAAUUCGUAAUCGGGACACCAUUUGUUGCGAUAUUUCUAAUCUACAAGUACCGAAGAAGACACUUAGCAAUGGACAAGAACAUUGAAGAAUUCUUGCAAGCUCAUAACAACUUUUUGCCCAUAAGGUACUCUUACUCUAAUAUUAAAAAGAUCACCAGAAACUUUAAGCACAAACUAGGUGAAGGGGGGUAUGGUUCCGUGUACAAAGGAAUGCUCAGAAGCGGCAAUGAAGUGGCCAUUAAGAUUUUGAAGUCCAAGGCCCAUGGCCAAGAUUUUAUUAGUGAAGUGGCUACUAUUGGAAGAAUUCACCAUGUUAAUGUUGUGCAACUCAUCGGUUUUUGCUUUGAAGGCUCGAAACAAGCUCUCGUGUAUGAUCUCAUGUCAAAUGGAUCCUUGGACAAGCACAUUUUUGCGGAGGAAGGUGAUAAGUUUCUUGAUUACAAGAAAAUAUAUGAGAUUGCUCUUGGGGUGGCAAGGGGGAUUGAAUACUUGCAUCGGGGGUGUGACAUGCAAAUACUACACUUUGAUAUCAAGCCUCAUAACAUCCUUUUAGACAAUAAUUUCACUCCAAAAGUUUCUGACUUUGGACUAGCGAAGCUUUAUCCCACAGAUCAUAGCAUAGUUUCAUUGACUGCUGCAAGAGGAACCUUGGGAUAUAUGGCGCCUGAGUUGUUCUACAAAAAUAUCGGUGGCAUAUCUUAUAAGGCAGAUGUCUAUAGCUUCGGGAUGUUGCUCAUGGAAAUGGCAGGUAGAAGGAAAAAUGUAAAUGCAGAUGCGGAACACUCGAGCCAAAUUUAUUUUCCGUUGUGGAUAUACGACCAAGUCAGUGAAGGUGCAAGUGUUGAAACGGAAGAAGCUGUAGAAGAGGAAAGGGAGGUGAUAAAAAAGAUGAUAGUAGUUGCACUUUGGUGUAUACAAUUAAUCCCUGACCAUCGGCCUCCAAUGAACAAAGUCUUAGAAAUGCUUGAAGGAGAUAUCGGUAAUAUUCAAAUGCCUCCAAAACCGCUUAUUUACCCACCAGAUGAGCCAGUUGAGGAUGACAAAGUCAGCACGGAAUUAGAAACAUUCUCGACUUCAUCAAGUGCUCCCAUAAUUUCUGCUAGUUUUCCAUUUGGAGAUAGCAAUGAUGUUUAGAGGACCAUGCACAGUUUGAUUGGAAAAGCUUUGUUCCCCACAGUAUAGUGUUAUGUUGGGCGGGAGUUUAGCUAGUUCAGCUUGACAGUGGUUACAUUUUGUUUUCUUCUAGCUCUUAGGCUACUGUUGUGUUAUUGUGGUUCCUAUAUAGUUUCACUCUCUUGCAUCCUCCUUCGAAUGGACA